AUGCAGAGGACGCAGAGGACCCGCGAGGAGGUGGACGCCACGCUGCAAAUCGCCAAGCUUGUGAUUCGUGGGGAUAAAGACGACCAGGCUGUGCUGUGCAGUAAAGAUCAAACCUACGACUUGAAAAUAGCAGACACUUCAAAUAUGUUGCUUUUUAUUCCUGGUUGUAAAACCCCAGAGCAGCUGAAGACAGAGGCGGCCCCCUGUAACCUUAUUCACUCUGAGAUCUUUGGUUUUUCUAACAAUUACUGGGAAUUAAGAAGAUGCAGACCUAAAUUAAAGAAGCUGAAGAAACUUUUAAUGGGAAACACCUACGAAGGGCCUGACAGUCAAAAAGAAAAGGAUUCAAAUAGCUCCAAUUAUACGAUCGGAGAUUUACUUGAUCAAAUUCAGGCAAGUGAGGAAGAAAUAAUGACACAAUUACAAGUUCUAAAUGCCUGCGAAAUUGGAGGUUAUUGGAGGAUUCUAGAAUUUGAUUAUGAGAUGAAGCUUCUGAACCAUAUAAAUCAGCUUGUGGAUUCUGAAUCUUGGUCUAUCGACAAAGUUCCUCUGACGACCUGCCUUCAGGAGCUUGGCCCUCUGGAACCGGAGGAGAUGAUAGAACACUGCCUGAAGUGUUACGGGAGGAGAUACGUAGAGGAAGGUGAAGUUUAUUUUGAGUUGAGUGCUGAUAAGAUAUGCAGAGCCACAGCACAGAUGCUGCUGCAGAACGCAGUGAAAUUCAACUUUGCCGAGUUUCAAGAAGUGUGGCAACAGAGUGUUCCCGAGGGGAUGGUAACCAGCCUUGACCAGCUGAAGGGGUUAGCACUGGUGGAUCGACACACGAGACCAGAAAUCAUAUUUUUAUUGAAAGUUGACGAUUUGCCCGAGGAUAAUCAGGCACGCUUUAAUAGUCUGUUCUCUCUAAGGGAGAAAUGGACAGAAGAGGAUAUUGCUCCAUAUAUUCAAGAUUUGUGUGGACAGAAGCAAACCAUCGGAGCUUUACUCACUAAAUAUGCCCGCUCCUCAGUGCAGAAUGGUGUUAAAGUCUAUAAUUCAAGAAGACCUGUUUCAUAAAAGAACCAUUCUUUUUCGACUAAAGUUGCACGAUAAGGUUACUGGCUAUGAGAUAAAAAUCCUCUGCAUAUUUAUAUCCCAUAUUCCGAACUGUUUUCUUUAAUUCUUAAGAAAAAGGGGAAUCCUUGGAAGCAUCUGUUUUCUGCAUCAUUUUGAAGCUAUACUCUUCAUAUUUAUUUUUCAAUACAGGAGGGGAUUUCUGUAUUUUUCCAGUUACUUUCCUAUUUUGUAGACAAUGUAAACACUGAACAAUAAAGUAUCAUUUGUUAUAUUUA